UGCUGAAUCAUGUAAUAGUCGGAAUUCAUUAAUUUUGAUUUUUAAAAAAACAAUUUUUUAAUGCGGACAUGUGGUUAAAUACCUAACAAAUUUUAAACGCAUAUCUCUAUAUUGUAGUUUCUAUGUGUUCGAAACGCAUUAGGUUGCCAUCGAACUGAACGUGCACAUCACAAACGACUUCGGAAUGGUGGACGUUUGGAAAUACGUCGUUAAGAUGAAGGCUCCCAGUCCAGUGAGCUACGUGAGCGCGAUACUUUUGAUAGUCUUCACGGCGGGUGUCUACAAGCAAUUAACGUUGACCCAGAAGACGGCUAACAAUUGUGAGAUGACGUUCAUGUUCGAAUACCCUCAUUUUGUCGAAAUCUCCGUACCCAUGAAUAGGGGAAAGUAUAAUUUAUACGCUUACACCGAAGGCCAAACAAUGGAGAAAAUAAAAUCUAUGAAGUUUUACGGUACACCAGUCAUUUUUAUACCCGGACAUAGUGGAUCGUACAGACAAGUUCGAUCCAUUGCUUCGGUUAACAUUAGAAAGAUGUAUCAUAUUCAAUCAAACAUAAAAUUUGAUUUUUUUACUGUUGACCUGAAUGAAGAAUAUUCUGCCGUUUUUGGAGGUGUUCUAUUACAGCAAACCGCAUUUGUUUCCCAAUGUAUUGAUACAAUCAUAAAAACAUAUGAACAUGACUACAAACCUACGUCAAUUAUACUUAUUGGACAUUCUAUGGGUGGUAUUAUAGCCAAAGGAUUGUUUAUUGAUCCUCUGUUUGAUACCAAUCUCGUAGAAUUGAUCAUUACUUUGGCCACUCCCCAUAGACCUUUGUUUUUAGCCGAUCACUAUAUGGAUAGUUAUUAUGACCAAGUGGAAAAAAUUUGGGGAAACGGAUUAGACAAACCAAGGUCUUCAUUUUUGUCAAAUAUUUCACUAUUAUCCAUUGGUGGCGGUCAUCGAGACUUAAUGGUUUGGCCUUGCUUGACUUAUACUCCACAUGCAGACAUAAAUGCAUUAAGUUUAGCUAUACCUGGUGUUUGGACUUCCACUGACCAUCAGUGUAUAUUGUGGUGUAAAUCAUUGGUCAAAUCUAUUGUAAGAGUGCUAUUUGACUCUGCAGAAUCUGAUUCAGACGAUACAAUUUAUGAAUGGAGAAAAAAAGUUUCUACUUAUCAUUUUGACAAAAGAAGUAACGGAAAAUGGUUUCAUUCGAAUUUACAUCCUGUUACCGUGAAAUUGAAUGAACCUAAUGUGAUUGAGUGGAAUGAAACAUAUAAGCUUCAAAGAUCGAUUUCAUUGGAAAAGGGAACGGCAAUGCCAAUUGUCAUACACCUGCCAUUAGUUGAAAAAUCUUUAAAUUAUGAAAUGACUGCAGAAGCUGUAAAUAUUGAUUACCACGAUUGGGUAUUUUCGUGUAAACCCGAUUAUCGUUCAAAAAAACACUGUUUAUUUGGCACAAACUGGUCUUCUAAUAGUACUAUAUCGGUUUCAAAAUUUAUGAAAAGAAGACAUAUUACUUUAAAGUUGCCCGACGUUCACAAAUUGGGUCAUUCAAAUUUGGUUUUCAAAAUAAAAAAUACUAAAAAACCAACAGCAUUAAAUAUUGACAUGUAUGAAGCUAGUGAUAGAACUAAUGAAAUAACGUGGCGAUUUUGGUACGGAGUUUUCAAUAGAUAUCUGUUGUGGAAUGUCAAUGUUUUUGAAACAAUACAAUACAAAACUAUUUUGCAUGGUUGGCCAGAUAGUAUAUGUAUGCAUUGUGUGUAUAACGUGCACAUGGUACCCAUCAAAUGUUCAAAAAAAAAUCAUCACGCUGUUUCUAAAUUUAUAGUACCGUGGACACAAGGCAUUUUGCAUGGUAUCACUAGUGACACUUAUGUAGAACCAUUGAGAAUAUCAUUAGAAAACAUACCUUUGUCAAAUGCAACAAAUGAUCCGUAUUUGCAGUUCAUACUAGAUCCAAAAUGCAACUAUCGUAUUGAAUUAGAACUAUCUAUUAUGGAUACGAUUGGAACAAUAGGAUUGAAAUAUGGAUUGACUUUUCCGUCAUACAUUGGGAUCAUAAUACUGUUGGUAUUGUCAAACCAAUUUUCGCAAUUGGCCAACUCAACUAAAGACGAUUGCUCAAUAUAUCACAACUCCUUGCCAUCUAUAAUCAGAGUUUUUAAAACUUUAGCUAUUACAAUUUGUUUUUUGACUGUUAUGCAAAACCAGUGGCCUAACAUCAAUAAACCGAUUGGUGGCAUAGACUGGCUUGGACAUCCAUUAAAGGCAAUGAUAUUUUCGUCAUUGCUAUAUUGCAUAACUAAUUCAUUCAUGUAUUUUGCCACUGUAGCUCUGUGGAUGAUGAUGUUGUUUUGGGGAAAGGCCAUAAACGAAUUAUUAGUCAGGUUUAUAAUGAAAACGUUGAGAAAAAAUGCUACAUUAUCUGACUGGAUACUGUAUGGAUUUGGAAAAUUACCAAUAGCUGUUUCAAUGAUAGCUAUUUUAAUUUCUUAUAAUACAUGUGGUACUGUAGGACUCAUUAUUUCAGCAUUUUUCUAUUAUUUCUUACUAUGCACAAUGGUUCAAGACUGCAUUGACCAAUUAAUUUAUUACCCAAUAAUAUUUUUUAAAGAGUAUUUUAUGAAAGGCGAAAAACCUGGUUUAAAUUUGUCACUGACAUCUAUCCACCUGCAUUUUUCACUGUUUUUGUUGUGGUUACUAAUUUGUGGUUGUCAUCUGCCGUGUAGCAUUGAAUGGGCACGGAAUUACCAUCACAGCAAAUCCUUAGAUCCAGAUCCAUCAUUGAUUACUUCGUUGAUAUUAAAUACGUGUGCUGGCAUUAUGUGGCAGAUGGACAUCCCCAAACGUAAUUUGAAAUUCUACGCACAAUUAAGCAACCUUUGUAUAGCAGCUUCAAUAAUUUUGUUUUUGUUCUGUCAAACUGCAUUAUUUCGAAUAGCUCCAAUUUUAACAUUGGUUUUUGUAGUCAUCACUCUUCACCAAUGUUUUAGUUCUUGGAUAGGAGUACAGGAUCCAACCGAUAACCAAGUAAGUGGUGCUAAUGAUAAGACACCACAAAAAAAGGUUGAGUAAAUGAAAAAUUGUAAUUAAGUAUAUUAUAAUGUAUGUACAGUUGAUAGGGGUGGACUGGUUUGGGUGUGCUGAUUGUUAUAGCACACUAAACUGGUUCAAUUUUGGUCAGGGAGCUGACAAAUAUUUGAUAAUUUUAAACAAUGACUUAUUACUAUUAGUUUGUCAUUGUACGAUACUGGUCCACACACUUCUCAGUACGCCUCUGAAUUUGAUUCUUUUAUUCAACAGUGAACAUAAUUUUUGUCAAUGUUUGGGUUACAAAUAACAACUAAGUGGUCAGUAGGAGUUAUGUCGCAAUCUCAUUUAUUUUGAGUAUAAAUGUUUAUUUAUUGUUCAAGCCUAAAAUCAGUAUUUGGUUUUUGCAUUUAUGUUAAUUAAUAAUUUUAUUUAAGACAAAAAAGUGUUACAAAAGUUAUAAAACUUAAACCCUUAUUUUUCUUUUGCUUGUGUGCCUAUCAAAAAAAUUUGAAUCGUUUGUUAAUGACAUUUAUUGGUUAUUUUCAGAGCUCAGAUUUUAUAGUACUAAAAAUGAAUAAAAUAUGGGUGAUGGGUCGAUUGAGCGAAAGUAAUAAUUUUGACCAAAAAAAUAAUAGUCUGUUUGGGCGAUUAUCAUUUGUACCGUUUGGAGUGAAAUUAUUUUUACCUAUGUGAGGUAAAAACCUGGUGGCUAAUCAUUAUUAAUCACUAUUACUGUUAAGUGUAUAUUAUGAGCAUCUUCGUACAAAGCCAAUAGAUUAAUUUAAAAUAUACUAAUUUUAUUAUCUAUAAUUUUAUUUAUUAUUUUUUGACUGUAGAUUACUAUUUACUAUUGAUUAUUAAAUAGAUCUAUUCUAUCAAUACUAUUUACCUAUAUAAUAAUAUUAUUAAUAUUUAUACCAAUAUUUUUUUUUUAAAAUAGGACUCAUUAUUAGUUAUGUAUAUUUUAUAUGAUUCUGUUUAAUUGUUGAAUGUAUACCUAUUAUAAGCAUUUUCUUACUUAUUCGCCCAAAAGGAAUUUUUAGUUGAAUAAACCUUCGCCCAAACGGUAUAUAUCUAUUCUCCCAAACACCAAAUUUUGAACGGUCUAUGCCCUUUAAUAUGACCUAGAAAAUUGCUAUAAUAUAUUUUAAAAACAUGAAAAAGAGUAAAAAUAAAAAUUUAUUCUGUUCACAAUUUAAAAAAAAAAACAUUUAUUUAAUAAUUAUUUAUGAAUUAAUGCAUUUCUAAAUUGAAAUUUAUAAAAAUUAUUCUAAAUUAUUUUGUCUAAGUCACACUGUAUAAUUAAAUGUUUUGUCAAAUUUGAAAAUUUGAAACACCAACAGUUGCAUUCAACAAUGUUUUGUAUUUUGAGAAGGAAUUUGAUAUUUGUUGUCCUCGAUGCAUAAAUCAAAUUUGUUGCUCAUUCUGUUAUUUUUCUGUGAUGUUUCCUAUAAUAAUUGGCAAAUGCUAUAAAAAUUGAGCCCUGGUUAUUGUUUGAUACUUUUUAGAGCUUUUAAUCUAGGCCCUACUUAUUUUAGUUAAAACUUACCAAUACUUGACAAUUUUGUAUGCAUUUAAAUAUAUUUUGUUUGUUCAACACUAACACUGUGAAAUAAUAAAUCAAUUAAUGUCAAUAUCUAUAAUAGAAUCGGAAUUGUGACUAUACUUAUACUACAUAUGAUUUAAUUUAGCAAUUUGUUUUAUAGAACACAUUAAUAAACUUCAGUCAAAUUCUUAAUUUAACAGUAUGUGGUUAUAAUGGUAGUGCCAAGUAUGAUAACGGAAAAAUACCAAAAUUUAUUUUGUUUAAGAGAAUACAACAUUAAAAUCACAGGCCAGUUUAAUUAUACAGUGGAACUUUGAUUAUUCUUCAGGCACUGGCCUAAUGUCCUGAUAAAUAAUUAGAUAGAUGUUUAAUCAGAUGUAUGGUGUAUGGUAUUUCUGAAAAUAAAACAACAAAAAAAAUGAUUUUUAAUUUUUGUACAUUGUAUACAUGAAUGGAUAUAUUUUUUUAUAAAUUACUGUAAUGUAUAAUUUAAAAAAAUUCAUAUAUUAUCGAAUGAGUGUGCCGAACUCCAAAUUAUCGAAUUCUAUUUUUAGCAAAAUGAUAAAUAUUUUUCAUUUGUUCAAUAAUGUUUUUUUUUGAGUAUGACGGUUAAACAAAGUUCUACUGUAUUGGGAGUACAAGGAAAACAGCUCUUUGUAUUUUAAAUUAUGUGUUCAUAAAGAUUAAAUUAAAGUAUAAUAUCUUCAUAAAAAUUAUUGAGAACAAUUUUAAUUGUCAUUUUUUAUAAAAUUUAUUUUAAAUGUUGGUUGUUAAUAAUUUUAUGAAAAUACCACCGGCUUUCAAUAAAUAAAAAAAAUUGUUCUCAAUCAUUUUUUAUAUAAACAUACAACACCUCAACUACAGCUAUUAAAUUAUUAUUUUAGAAGUUUUUAAAAAUACAAUAAUUGACUAAAAUAGUGUUCACAGUUAAAAGAAUCUCCAUGUAUAAAAUGUUACCAAUUUUGGCUAUAAAUCAUUUACCUGAUGUAUGAAAAAUUUUAUAUAAUAUGUAUUAAUGAAUUGUGUUGGGCCAUUUUUAUUUAUUUUUUACAUUUUAUUUACCUUAUACCAGUGUCAUUUCAUGUUUUUUAAAGACUGAUUUGUGUUUUUGAUUGUGUUUAUUAUUAUUUUUUUUUAUUUGUAUUUA